CGGUGCCCAUGGUCCAUGAUAUGUUUGUCUUGUCACCUUUAUAAACCGUAACUCCGGAUUCCUAAAUGACCUGGUGUAGCCGGGAGACCUAAUUGAAGAUACCGGAGAAACAGAUUUGCGGCUCAAGGUGAAGGGAACACGAUGUUACGCUCUACAGACGACGGCGACCGCUACGAGCUGGCGAGCCCGACGGCUCUUCCGAAAGCCGGCGCAUUCUUGUGGAAUCAGAAGAUGAUGAUUCAGAUCACCUGUCGCGGGUAUGCGACGGCCCAAUUCAUGCAGCCGGAGCCGUCCAAGUACGCGCACGCGCCGAACCUCGAGGCCAAGACCUUCAUGCAGCCUGAGCAGAACUACUAUGCUCACCAUCCGGGCCGUUUCGUCUAUAUCAAAGAUGAAGAGACUGGCCAGCUGUUUUCGGCACCAUAUGAACCGGUACGGGCUCCGCUCAACCGGUUCGUGUUUUCUGUCGGCAAAAGCGAUAUCUUCUGGACCAUCGAGCAUCUCGGCAUCCGCGUCGAAAUGUCGCUAGUGAUUCCCACGCAUGAUGUAGUAGAGCUCUGGUCGGUCAAAGUAACCAACAUAUCAUCGCGACCGCGCAGAAUUAGCGUGUACCCCUAUUUCCCAUUUGGGUAUAUGUCGUGGAUGAAUCAAGAAGCUGAAUGGCGACCGGACCUCGGUGGUGUGGUAAGCAACAGUAUCACACCAUACCAAAAGGCGACAGAUUACUUCAAGAACAAGUAUUUGAAGGAUAAGUCAUAUUUCUUGUGCGAAACCCCUCCAAAAUCAUGGGAGGCAAUGCAACAGGCCUUCGAGGGCGAAGGUGGUCUUCACGCGCCUUCGUCACUGGCACAACCAGACCUCAGCUGCAGCGAUGCUCGGUACGAGACACCCGUGGCUGUGGUACAAUACCGGGAGGAGCUCAAGACAGAUGAGCAGCAGGAAUACCGUUUCUUAUUCGGGCCUGCGUACGAUGACGCCGAAAUCCGUUCUGUGAGGGCUAAGUAUCUCAGCAAAGAAGGGUUUGCACAAACACGCCGGGAAUAUGCAGAGUAUAUCAUCAAGGGAAAAGGAUGCUUACAGAUCGAAACCCCCGAUAAGCAUGUGGACAACUUUGUUAAUAAUUGGCUACCGCGGCAGUGUUAUUAUCAUGGCGACGUGAACCGGCUGACCACAGAUCCGCAGACACGCAAUUACCUGCAGGACAACAUGGGCAUGUCAUAUAUCAAGCCAGAGGUGGCACGUCGAGCCUUCUUGACCGCCGUUGCACAGCAGGAGAAGAACGGGGCCAUGCCCGAUGGUAUCUUGCUAGCGGAGGGUGCCGAGCUCAAGUACAUCAAUCAGAUCCCGCACACCGACCACUGCAUCUGGUUGCCAGUUACACUCGAAGCGUAUCUCUCCGAAACUGGCGAUUAUGAUCUUCUGAAGGAGCAAGUAAAAGGAAUGCACGGCGACACCUAUACUGUGUUCGAGCGGUUUAGUCGAGCUAUGGAUUGGUUGCUCUCGGCCCGAGACGCGCGCGGGCUGAGCUACAUUGCACAGGGUGAUUGGUGCGAUCCAUUGAAUAUGGUGGGUUACAAAGGCAAGGGCGUAUCUGGAUGGCAGACUGUUGCCACUGCAUUUGCGUUGAAGCUAUGGGCGGACAUCUGUGAGCAUGAAGGUAAAGCCGAUCUGGCAGAACGCUACCGCGUAAAAGCUAAGGAGGUCAACGAUGCAGCUAAUGCACACUUAUGGGAUGGGGACUGGUUCGCACGGGGAAUCACGGACGAUAAUGUGAUUUUCGGCGUUAAGACAGACAACGAAGGUCGUAUCUGGCUGAACCCGCAGUCGUGGUCUAUCCUAAGCGGGGCAGCAAGCAGCGAUCAGAUCGCUCGAAUAUUGCCUCAAGUGGACUCGCAGAUGAGUACACCUUACGGCGUCGUGAUGUUCGCUCCCCCAUACAGCGGCAUGCGCGAAGACGUAGGGCGCGUGACGCAAAAGUAUCCCGGCUCAGCUGAGAAUGCAUCGGUCUACAACCAUGCCGCUGCCUUCUACGUCCAUAGCCUGUAUUCGAUUAACGAGAGCGAUCGGGCAUAUGAUACCCUGCGAAGGAUGAUUCCUGGACCUUCAGAAGAGGACUACGUACAGAGGGGCCAGCUACCCGUGUACAUUCCCAAUUACUACCGUGGUGCGUACCAGCAAUAUCCGCGCACCGCAGGGCGCUCCAGCCAACUUUUCAACACGGGAACUGUAUCGUGGGUAUACCGGAGUUUCAUCGAAGGACUGUGUGGUCUUCGCGGAGAUACGAAGGGUUUGCGAAUCCAGCCGCAAUUACCGUCUUUCUGGGAUGCGAUUAAAGUAACACGUCUAUUCCGCGGCGCCACAUUAAUUAUCGACAUUCACCGUUCAGCAGACGUAAAGGAAAUCGUGGUAAAGCAUGGAGAUCGUGUUCUUCCGGAAGCUCGCCUCACCAAUAUCCAGCCGGGCGCUACUUACGAGCUCUCCGUUGCAGUGCCUAAAUAGCAUUCUAAGCUUGCCGGAGUUACUGUUUGUUUGUAUGGCCGAUAACGAGCUAGCUCCUAUGCUAUUAGACCGGCUUGCCAGAAAGGAACCGAAAAGGGGUGCCUAGCAGAAUACGUGUAAAUAACUUGUCGAUGGGCUGGUGGGAUAGAGACUGUCAUUAAAUCUGUUUCCGGCUUAUGAAAAUCUGUUGAUAGACGGGUGUCAUGUCUAUAUAUAGAAAUUCCAAUUCAUAACACCCAAUGAUGCAUCAAAGCCCCCCUUUAGCUCUGUUAUGGAGUAGAUC